GCUAUUUUGCUAUUACGGAGUCUCUCUACUGUUCUUUCUCUCUCUAUACUCUCUCUCUCUCUCUCUAAACUCCCGAUUUCGAUUUGUAAACAGAUGAUCCAGCAACGCCUCUUGUCCAAAUUCAUGAACAAAUGACCAAUCCACGUCGUUCAUCCACAGAUUAUUUGUGCAAAUCUCUUCAAUCUCACAAUCCAGAAUCCCCAUCUCCAUAGAUCGAAGGUACUACGUGAUUUAUCGCGAGUAUUUAUGAAGAGGGAUACCAGGUGUUUGAUUAAUUGCUAGGUGUUUCGUGUUGAAGAUGUCGAGUAAUCUGGUGGUAAAAGUACGAAGAGAUAAGAUAGCGGCAUGCAUGACAUGCCCUAUCUGCAAGAAGCUCUUCAGGGAUGCCACCACUAUCUCCGAAUGUCUCCAUACAUUCUGCAGGAAAUGUAUACGCAAGAAGCUCUCGCAAGAAGAACUUGAAUGUUGUCCAAUAUGCAAUAUUGAUCUUGGAUGUGUGCCCUUGGAGAAGUUGAGGCCAGAUCAUAAUUUACAAGAUCUGAGAGCAAAAAUCUUGCCAUACAAAAGGAGAAGGGUGAAGGCCCCUGAAGUUGUGGUGCCUUUAAGGAGGAAAGAGAGAUCACUCUCAUCACUGGUUGUCACUGCUCCAAGAGUCUCACCUUCACCACAAACACCAACCAAAACCACAAUCACAAUGACUGGUAAAAGGUCGAAAGUAACCCCAAGGAAGAAAUCACGUGGCUCCAGUUUCUCCAUUGAGAAACCCCUCCUCAAGAAACAACAAGAACAACAAGACUCCAUCUCCAUGGAAGAAAGCUCCACUUCUCAUGAAACUUCAAACAAGAUCACCCACAACUCGAAGCAGAAGAAUUGUUCAACUGGUAGCCAUGAUGAAAGAGAAGGGGGUGAAGGUGAAGCGUGGGACUGGAAGCCAUUAAAUGACCUUGUGGAAGCAGCAAAUAGGAGUAAAUCUUCAAAACUUACUUCUGUUGUUGUGAAAUCUGAAGCUUGUGUUAUAAAAAGUGAAGGAGGACAUGUGCAACGAAAAGCCAAAGGGAAAGAUGAGUUAAGUAAUAAAGUUGAAGAUGAUGAUGAUAAAGAUAAAGACACUGCUACUGAAGUUGUAACACCUCCUAUUAUAAAGAUGCGUAGGAAUCGCAAAAAGAAGUCGGCUGAUUCUACUGUGGUGGAUGCUGUUGAUAGUAGUAGGGAGAAAACUAAAAGAACAUAUCCUAUUUGGUUCCAGUUGGUGCCAUUUCAACAACAGGAAGGGGAGCCCUUGAGGCAGAUAGAAGGACGUUAUGUUAAAUUAAAUGAUGGGAAUGUACCUGUUUCAAUUAUCCAAAAACUGGUGAUGAACAAACUGGAACUUCCAAGUGAACAUGAGGUUGAGCUUCGAUGUAUGGGGGAGCGGGUGAUGCCAACACUGCAGCUACGGAAUCUGAUGGAGCUGUGGGUGCAAGCUCAUCCAGACAUCAUUACAGCCAAAAUUGGCUCAUCUGCACACCAAUUUCUCAUGGAAAUCUCAUACGCCAAAAAACCCAACCCAAACCCAAACCCAAUCCCCCCAUAAAAUAUUAAUUAUUCAUUUUUAUCAUCCAAAUCAAAUCUCGCCGCCUAAUACUUAAUACUUUAUCGGAUUAUCAAAUUAUCAUUUUUGUUCAAGCUUGUUACUUUUAUUUUCCUGUUCAAAUACUCUUUUAUCUUUUUCCCUUGUUUUGGAUUGAAUGUGUGUUGUUCAAUUUGCUGAAUUUUCACAUGCCUCCCUCUAGACCCAACCACAUGCAAUUAAUUAUGUAUGUAUGUAUGUAUGUCUAAAACUGUAAAACAUUAUUAGUAUCUAUAUAUACAUGUAUACACGAUUAUGUA